UGAGCCGCUGGGGCACAGGGAGUCCUGAGGGAGGGGAUGACAGGGAGCUCAGCAGAGAACUGGGCUGGGAGCUCAGAGCAUCCUUGCGGAACACUUUGGCAGAGUUGCUUCUUCCCCCUUGGGAGCACUUCAGUUUUCCCAGCCAUGAAAUGGGAGGCAGGAAGAGAGGGGAACAAGGGAGUGAGGGCAGAUGUGGCCUAGGGAGCUCCCUCGGGGUCUGGGGAGGGUGGUGGUGGGGUAACCUUCACAAAGCAGUUUGAGCUCCAUAAUCCAUGUUAUGUGAUUAAGGUGAAAAAGGAGUCCUCCUAUCCCAGGAAGACACCCUUUUCUUCACAGCCACACUCCCCCAGGUCAGUGCUCUUGAGCCCCAACAGCACUGUGCUCCCUACACCCCGAGGAAGUGUUCGCAGAUUUUGGGUAGGCUGUCCCUGGAGCAGGGUCCUCUGGGACAAGUCUCUCCUUGGCUUCUUCAUCUUACCUCGGCCUCCAUUGGCCUUCCUUCUGAGUAGGUGACAGCAGGCAUGGCUGCAGUUCUGACCUGGGCUCUGGCUCUCCUCUCAGCAUUCUCGUCUGCCCAGGCACGGAAAGGCUUCUGGGAUGCCUUUAGCCAGAGCAGUGGGGACAAAGGCAGGGUCGAGCAGGUCCAGCAGCAGAAGAUGGCACGGGAGCACGCGCGCCUGAAAGACAGUCUGGAGCUAGACCUCAACAAUACGGAUAAGUUCCUGGAAAAGCUAGGUUCUCUGAGUGCGCAGGGGAAGGAGCCUCCCAGGAUCCCCUCCAACCCAGAGGGAAUGCGGCAGCAGCUGCAGGAGGAACUUGAGAAGGUGAGGGCGCGCCUGGAGCCCUACAUGGCUGAGGUGCACCAGCGCGUGGGCUGGAACCUGGAGGCUCUGCGACGGCAGCUGAAGCCCUACACCACAGACCUGAUGGAGCAGGUGGCCCUGCGGGUACAGGAGUUACAGGAGCAGUUGCACAUGGUCGGCGAGGAUACCAAGGCCCAGCUGAUGGGGGGCGUGGACCAGGCGCAGGGCCUGCUGCAGGAACUGCAGAACCGCGUGGUGCACCACACCGGCCGCGUCAAGGUGUUGUUCCACCCCUACGCCGAGCGCCUGGUGACCGGCAUCCAGCACCACGUGCAAGAGCUGCACCGCAGCGUGGCACCGCACACCGCCGCCGCCAGCCCAGCACGCCUCAGCCGCUGCGUGCAGGUGCUUUCGCGCAAGCUCACGCUCAAGGCCAAGGCCCUGCACGCGCGCAUUCAACAGAACUUGGACGACCUGCGGGAAGAGCUCAGCACCUUUGCCCGCACGGGCGCGGACCGCGCGCAGGAAGGGGCCCACCCGGACCCCCAGCUGCUGUCCCAGGAGGUGCGCCAGAGACUCCAGGCUUUCCGCCACGACACCUUCCAGGAGAUCGCUGCCUUCACCCGCGCGAUUGACCAGGAGACUGAGGAGGUCCAGCAGCAGUUGGCGCCGCCCCCACCUGGCCACAGCGCUUUCGCCCCAGAAUUCCUCCAGGACGACAGCAGCAAGGCCUGGAGCAAGCUGCAGGCCCGUCUCGACGACCUGUGGGAAGACAUAAACUACAGCCUUCGUGACCAUGAUCUCGGCCAUCUAGGGGAGCCCUGAGGGUCUAUUUGCCUAGGCCCACUUCCCAGCUCCUUAUUUGGAGAGCCCAGGACCUGAGCCCCAAGCACGGUUCAGUCCUGGCCAGUGGCCUAUUGGGCAGAGGGUGGAGGGCCCUGCACAGGAUAGGUGACGCCACCGAAGGGGCUGUUGUCCCUGCAUAUCCAGCCUCCUGUGAUUCCCCAAUCUGGAUGCAUUACACUCACCAGGAUUUGCAACCCGGCUGCCCGUGCUCAUUUGGAAAUCCUCAUGAAUUGCUCCAUUCCGUGAAGGCGGGAGUGGGAAGGGAGAAAGGCACAUCAUGAGCAGGUAAUUAUGGGCAAGCUUGUUCCCAUGAAGCUGGAAGCCUGUGCCUCUCCAAGCCUGGGCUUGACUGUGAUCACUUCUGGCCCCCUGGUGGCCUCUCCUACAGCCGGCCCACAGAAAGCAGCUCUUUUUUCUCCAGGGCUGCUGUGACAGCUUCUGUUGGGGGAAGAGAGGGAGAAAGGAGGAAAAUGUGAUGAGGAGAGCAUGGGAUUAUGUGUAUGUAUAUCCCUUCUGGCUCUGAAGCUGGAGGGUACAAAUGGUGGGAGUUUUAAUGGGAGAGAGCAGAGCUUGCAUUUCUUACACAGCUCUACAUUUAAACGGCUUACCAAGCCCUCUGAACUGUGGAGGCUUCUUAAACUCUCUGGGGAGCAUACUGUGUGCCCUCCCCAUCUUUGGGUCCUCUCUUCUGACUCUCAGGCUGAAGUCCAGACUUCUGACUCAAAUAAAAUAGAUGCUUAUAAUGCAA